ACAUGUUAGUGAAACCGUUGCCUAAGUAGCUAGGUCGAACAUAUUUGUAAACAUUCACGAAACGUUUCGUAUAAUCGCUGAACCGUUGAUAGUAUAUCCGAUUUCGAUAGAAAAAUUUUGGGAAGAGACUAAAUGUCGGACCUUAAUAAGAAACAAUAUAAGAAGCCGCCGUUCACUUUUGGUAAUGCGAAAAAAAUUAAAAGCGAUUUAGCUCGCAAGCAACGAGAGGAACGUAAAAAAAGAAGAACAAAAGAUUUUGAAGAAAAUCGGGAGAAGAAAAAAUCGUCGCAUUCUUCUACGAAUUCGCAGAAAGAUAAAAGUAAAAGAAAGUUAUUAGAGUGGAAAGUGGAGCGAGACAAAUCAUCGUCGUAUUCUUCUACGAGUUCGCAGAAAGAUGAAAAUAAAAAAAAGUUAUUAGAGUGGAAAGUGGAGCGAGAGAAAAAAAAGAAGCAGCAAGAAUCGCAGAAAAAGCCUCCUUUUAUCGUCGGAAUUGUUCGUCAUAAUUUUUAUUCUCCGGUAACGACUACUAACAAUUCAGUUAUGAUUACAAAAAAGAAAACAAUUGUACAAGCGCAGAAGAAAUCUAGUAAUCAAAAGGGGAUUACAAAAGCCACAGAGAAGAGAAGAGCGAAUAUCGAGAAACAGAAAGCGGCUAAAAUUUUGAACGCGGAGAAGGCUCCUGCAAAUGAUGAUUGUAUCGAUAUCAAUAAGCGGAAAUCAUUUGCUCCACUUAAUCACAAGUUUAAUCCUCCCGCUGAACUCCCUAUCGUCCGUGUAUCCUUAUUUGGAGAAGUGUGCGUAGAAGAUAAUCUCACAAAUGAAAAUAAUAUGUCCGCACGCGAUAAUUCAACAAAGAAUGCCAUUCCAGUUAGUAUAAUUUUACAACAAUUACUAUAUAUAUAUAUAUCAUUUUCAGCAUUGUUUAAAUAUAGUGGAUUAAAUGAAGAAGAUAUCGAAUUUUCUGCGCAAUUUUCUCUUUCUUUCUUUGUUGUCGCAUAAAAAUCAUCGUGAUAAAAAUCUUGAUUUUAUUGAUUUGCAAGUGUUACAUCAAAAACUCUGA